CCCCGCUGCCACCGCAGGCAGGCUCUGCGCGUGAAGACCAAAGGCUAGCCGAAUGAAAUCCAGCAGGCUGUCGCGCCAAUGUAUGACAACCGGAACAAACCCAAAUCCGCUAGCCUUCUUUUUAAAAAAUACUGCUUAAGUACUUAUCCCCUAACCGGAUUAGAUUUAGCUGAUCCAUUUGGAGAUUUGUAGUUGCUUUUAUACAUCAUUUCCAGUUCCACCUAUAGAAUUGAUCUUCUAUUGAAGACGACAAAAGGGUAAUAAAAGGGAACACGAGGGGAACGUUUUGCAUGCAACUGAACCCCCAUGCCAAUCAACAUCCGUCACUGCAAUCUCCUUCCAAUAAAUGCGGCAUCCAUUUUCCAGGUACGCUUCAAUCUGCUUUCAAGACCCUAACGUAGGAUCAAUUCAGCUCAAUCGAUUUCUUUCAUUGCCCCAAUGUUGUCCCAAAACCUCCCAGACGAACUCGUGGUCGAUAUCCUCUCAAGCUUACCACCCAAAACCCUAGUCGAAUUCACCACCGUGCGCAAAUCAUGGUAUUCUCUGAUCAAGAACCCUAGUUUUAUCAAGACCCAUCUUGAUAAAUCCCUUGCAAGUGACAGCAAUGGCUACUACUUGUGUAUGUCUGUGAAUUACAGCCAAAACAAGCUGUGCACCUUGCUCUCUAGCAAGACCCUAGUCGAGGUUGCGAAGGUGGAACUUCCAUUCCAAUGUGAUAUGUCUUAUUGCACUGUGGUUGGGUCGGUGAACGGGUUGGUUUGUUUGGUUGAUGCGUUUGAUGGGCGGAAACUGUACUUGUGUAAUGUUGCUAUUAAGAAAUACAAGCACAUUGGGCAUUCGAGCUCUAUUCUUCGCUGUAUUCCCGCGAAUCCUUACGUGCUUCUAGGGUUUGGGUAUCAUCGUGAAAGUAAUGAUUACAAGGUUAUAAGAAUUAUGUAUAUUGAGACCGGUGAUCGUGGCGUGAUUCACCGUGAGGUUGAGGUUUAUAGGCUGGGGGAGGGGUGUUGGAGGAAAGUUGGAGGUGCAUUUCCGUGGACUUUGCUUAAUCAAUUGCCAGCGGCAUUCGUUAAUGGAAAUCUCCACUGGGUUGUUUCUAGUCCAGGAAGAGAAGAAGUAGAUGAAGUGGUCUUGUCUUUUAGUUUGGGUGAAGAGGUCUUCCGUGAGAUAGCAAUGCCGUUUUCUCACAUCGCUGAAUUCCUCGUAUGUGGAUCCCUCUGCGUUUUGAGGGAAUGUCUUUCUCUGUUUGAGUAUAGCCCGUUCAGAGAGGGUGAAGCUAAUGAAAAAUGUUGCUUGUGGGUAAUGAAAGAGUAUGGCGUCUCCGACUCUUGGAGUAAGCAGUAUACUAUUGUUCUGGAAGGAAGAGUACAAAGGCUGUUGGGCAUUACUAGGUUUGAUGAGAUUGUAUAUGAAAAUCAGGAGAACAAGGUAGUUUGGUAUAACUUGGAAAGCCAUCAAACUAAAUAUUCUUCCACAAGCUUUGGGGGCCCAUAUAGGUUCGAUGUUGUUCCUUUCAUAGAAAGCUUACUUUUUCUUGAGGGAGGAGAAGGGGUAUUGGGCCUAGAAAGCUCAUUUGAAGUGACCAGUUGUGAGGGGACAACAAGUACUUCAAUCAAAGAAGAAGAGGAGUCUUGAAGCAGACGUCAAGAUAAAUAAUGAAGAAAAGAACAUAUGAAGAAUCUGCAUCUUUAUAGGAAAGGUAAACAUGGACUUCUGUGAUGUAGAGCCGGUUGUUGUAAUACCAAACAGCUCCCGUUGGCAUCAAAAGGUGUAGAUGCAAGGGAUUCAGCUUUUGUAUCGUACACAUGAACUAGUUGCUCUGUUUGUUGUUG